AUGGAGACGGAGCUGAACACUGUACUCGAGCCGUAUCAGGAUAGGCAUGUUGGGAAUACGGGGCUACAUGAGAGUGAAUGGUCGACAGACCAUUACGCCGAGCUCGGAGGCAGCAUAACUUGGGUUAUGCCCCUCAACGAGGGUUGCUUGCAUGGCAUUGACCAUAUCUAUGCGGAUCUGCAUCGGCGCCUUGACCAGGUGGCUGCACAAGCCAUCUUCUUCUCGCCAACGCAAGCAAACCAAAUACGGCAGCAAAAUCGCGAGGUUGUUGAAAAGCUGGCAGCUCUGGAGAGUGUAUUAUUUGACAGCGGCUCUGGGAGUCCGUUGCAACUGCCCAGCUCGACAGCCUCGCUGUCCACCACAGACGGUAGGGCUGGGGCGGGUAGGAAGGGCCGGGCCUCGCAGUCCCGCAAGAGCCGUGCUGUUGGCACAGUGUCAAGACGGUCACAGCUGGCGGGCCCUGAUGGCGGCGAUGUAUUUCCUAGUUCUCCUCGACUGAUAGACCCGACAACCAGCAUCAUCGGCAUAGACUCGGCCUUGGCCGCCAAGCUGCUGCGGAUUGGCAACGAUGAAACCAAGGUGCAGGUGGUCGAGUUUUCCGCGCAUGUAUCCGCGCGUCGCCUGCGCUCUUCCGCAAGCACGGCAGCAGGCCCGAUACCCAGCGCGGCGGACCUGACGGACAUGUCGAGCCUCAUGCGGCUGGUCGUGUACCUCGGCGCGACCAUUGAGAGCAGUGCAUUUGGGGAGCAGCACUUUCGCGCCAAGAGGCGGAUUGCGCUCGCCCAGUUCUACCACGCGUACACCAUUGCGCAGAAUCACUCGGAGCUAUUCCUGUCGUGGUGCGACGAGCAUCAUGUGCGGCGAGGCUCUCUCCCGCCCAAGGGCAGCAGGAAAACGGCGGUGCAGCAUCGCUUUGCCGACCUCGUGUUUGAUCGCGCGAGCCAGCACUCUGCAGCGAGCGUGGCAGGACCUUCAACCGCUGUUGUUGAUGAUACGAAGAAGAGGUGUGCAAAGAUCCAAACGUGGAGAAAGACCGGCAAGAGCUGGGCAAAGUUUGUCGAGCGCUUCGGCUACGGGAUCCUACUGCUCGUGCCCCUGUGCCUCUCGGACGAAGAUUUACGAGUUGUACAAGACCAUGUCAUUUCAUCGUGUUUGGACUUGAUAGAGUCUCGAAAACACUUGUUUGCGGAUGCCUUAAAACACGGCAACGAGCUACUUCAGGACACGCUGCAGCAUGGUGCCGACUUGCAAGAUGAAGUGCAUCAAACGGUUGAGAUACACAGCCCAGGUGCGGUGACACUAGCUGAGCUCUCUAGGUUUCUGCAGUCGCCGUCCCGUGUACAAUAG